AUGGUCCUACCUGAAACAAUCAUCUACCAAACUUUCCUCUCAGUGGUAACACUAACUGGCAUUUGCAUGAACAUGUUUUUUGCCUUCUGUAUGCUUUCGGAUGAGCAGAGGAGUCUCAAGGCACCACUACCGGUCCUCUUAGCCACAGCAGUGUUCCAUAAUAUCCUCCUGCAAGUCUUGCUACCAAUAUUUACUUUUAAAGAAACCUGGGAGGUUAACAGUAUCAUUGUGAUUUCGGCGCUCAUCAUUCAUUUCGGGGCCUCUAGCAUGUCUUCCAAUGUGUGGCUGAGUAUUUUCUACUACACCAAGAUCGUGUCCUCCCAAAACAGAGUCUUCGUCUGGGUUAAGAGAAACAUCAACUCUGUGGUGUAUGCAGGGCUGAUCGUGGACAAGAUCUACCUGAUGCUUUUCACCAUCUCCGUCGUAGUGCCCAGCUUCCUGGCCACUCCUGCCAACGUCUCAUCUCUGGCCAAUACAACAGCUGGCCUUGAGGACAGGUCAGUGUGGAAUUCCAUACGAAAUGUCUUCAGACGUGUUCACAUAGGCUACUUGCUCACGUUCAUCUGGUUGAUGAUGUGGGUUUGGAGUUGCACCCUGGUCUACAUCUGCAGGCAUAUGAGGAGUAUGGAGGGGAGCAGUAGUCCAUUCUCCAACCCCAAGCUGCUUAGUCAACUCCGAGUGGUGGCCCAGGGCAUCGUGCAGACCGUCCUGUAUGCUAUCAGUGCUGGGUCGCAGCUCAUCGGUCUCUUUUCAUAUUUUGUGGUAUUGGAUGUCCAGGACCGUGUGUUUUUGUACAACGCUUCAAUAGCGGUGUACACUUUGGGGACAACCAUCAAUCUGGGACUGAGCCAGCACCUGUUCAGACAGAGAGCAGUCAAGGUUAUGACCACAGUUACAUCUGGGGACGGUUGGAAGUGUAAGAAAAGAGUUUGA